UAUGGGGACCGGGGGAUGCGAUCGCUAAUCCGCCCCCCUCCCGGCCACGGCCGGCUGCUCCGCCCACUCCCUCCGCGAAGCACCGCCCACCCCCUGCCCGAGGCCCCGCCCACUCCCUCCGGCGCGCGCAGAGCGCGGGAAAAGCGCCCGGCGCUGGGCGGGCGGGCAGGCGGGGGAGAAGGUGGGGAGGGAAGAAGGGGAGGGGCGGGAGGAGCCCCGCCGCCGGGAGCGCUUCCAGCGGGAGGAAGGGCGGGCAGCUGGAGUGGAAAAUUCCAGGCAGGAGGCCGCGUGUCGCCAGCGCUGCCCUCCCACACGGCCCCGCAGCGCCGCUUCUCGCCUCCCCCGGAUUCCUCCCGGAGAGCCAGCCAGCCUGUACGGGCGGCUCCCCGGGCGUGCUGCGGGCAGAGGGCUCGGCUCCCCUCCCCUCCCCGGACACUUCCCGUCGGAGCCGCAGCACCUCGGCGCGGAGCGGGGCUUUCGGCUGGCCUCGACGGGGCCGUGCGGCGCCUUGCGGGGACCCGCGGUGCGCCCCCGCUGCCGGGCGGCCGCGGCUCAGCGCACAUUGUUCUAGCGGCCCGUCCCUCUCCCCUCCCUCCUCCGCCUCCCGUCCCUCUCUCCUCCCUCCCCAGGUCCCUCCUUCCCUCGUCACCGGCGCUGUAUAAAUCCCCUGCCCCGGCGGAUCCCCCCACCGCGGGAGACCCUGGUACUUUGGCCCCCGGGGGCGGGAUCCUGCCGCCGCCUGCGGACCGCUGGGACUUUGCGCUCCCGCCGCUGACCCCUUCUCGCUCUCGCCCUCCCUCCCUCACACGGUUCCCACCCGCCUCUUCCCUUCGCAACCGGGAGGCCAGGAUGUCGGAAAAACGCGUUGAGGAGGCACCGGCGGAGCUGAGCGCUAAGGAAAGGAAAGAAAAGAAGGAAAAACUCGAAGAGAAAGCAGUCCACAAAGAAAAGAAGAAGGAGAUAGUAGAGGUGAGGCUCUUCUGAGGGACAGAUUUGGUGACGUCGGGGAGGUUUUUGUGCUCGCUGUGGGUAGCAAAUACGAAGGGAAUAUGGGAGAUGAAGGAAGAGGGCAGGCCAAGGGAGCUCCAGCACAGAAGUAAAGGGAGAGCAAGCUCUGGAUAAUUGUGGAGAAUGAGCCUUGAAGGACUCGGUGUAGUCAGCACAGCCCAUCGGGGAGAAGAAAGGUCAAAAAAGGGAAUGGAGCUGAGAACAAGUGGGAGAAUGUGGCACGGGAGAUGUGGUCCUGCGCCCACCGGGGUAUCCUGAGGUGCACAAGGAGCAUGUGUUGGAGAAGGUGGGAGGAGGAACAGUGAGGAAGCGCCACAGAUUGAUGGAGGUCGGGAGGGAUCUGGAAGCAGAUGUACCAUGAGGCUCGGCUAAGUCAUUAGCCUGUAAUCAGAGAGAUGCUUUGCCUGUUGGGAGGGAUGGCAGCAGCUCAUCAGGACGUAAGCUCGUGGGAGACAAGGAGCUUCGCGUUUUUGGGGAUGGACUGGAAGGAUUGGCUUUGUGAAGGAGGGCUGGUUGGGAGGAGUGUACAGCAGGGGUGGUGGGAAUAACGGUGUCGGAGUAACAAUGCACUCGGAUGCAUACCUGGAGUGGCUGGAGAUCUGGAAAUUGUUGUGCUUGUAGCAAAGAGCACGUGGAAAUGUCAUCCUGGCACCAAUUUCUGCUCUGACCGGUUUGUUCCAUUCAGGAUGAGGAGAACGGAGCUGACGAGGAUGAUGAAGAGAAUCCUGAUGAUGUUGAUGAAGAAGAAGGUGGUGAUGAGGAUGAAGAAGCAGAUGAGAAUGGGCAGGAGCAGGAUGGCCACGCAGAGAAACGAUCUGCAGAGGAGGAGGAGGAUGAAGUGGAUCCAAAGAGACAGAAGACAGAAAACGGCUCUUCAGCUUGAGUCCUUCCCUCCCAUCUCCCCUGUUCCGUCCAUCUCUCCUCCUCCAUUCCAGCCUGUGCUUGCACUGCCCGUUAGCCUCUGGCUUCACACAAUCUCAGAUGAGGAAAGAUUAGAAAUGCUCUCAAACGGGGAAGACAGCAGUUCCCUUGUUGCCCAAAGACCCAGCCCGUCCAUGACAGUAUUCCCCAGCUGAAAUUAUCCCCGUCCCUGCAUCCCUUCACUGCGCCCCACUUCCCAGUGCUCCUCUUCCCUCAAGAAUCUCAUGGUUUCCUGGGCACACAACCUCGCCAGGCGCUUCACGUGGCAAAGCACCUCCCGUCCCCUUGUCACCUGCCCGCCUGUUUUUGUCACUGGUAUGAGAUUCUUGAGAGCUCCCGCUCCCCAGCCCUGCUGCCAGAGCUCCUCCCUGAGCCAGGAGGUGCGGGCACAGAUCUCAUGGUGCGUUCCCCAGUCCUAGGCCUCUUCUCAUCCGCUUUCCCGCUGAACCCUGAGAGACAAAGAAUAUUACAAGCAAAUAAUGGUUCUAUUAAGCAACACACGGAGACAGGAUUUGUUUUAAGCUUUUCUUUUUUUUUUUUUCCAAGUUUACAUGACAGCAAGCUGGCCCUCGUGAAUUUUUCGGAAGAUAAGGGUUGCUUUAUAUAUGAAUUUCAUCUGAGCUGUGUACUUUUUUAAUUUGGAGGCUUUUUUAAAACAAAUCAAGAGAGACACAAUUGGGGACCAAACUUUGAUUUCCAUUUUUUCCCUUCAGAUUUUCUUGUGACCAUUUUUUGUAAAUUAAAGGCAAUAUAGCCACAGCGUUUUCUAUGGCACAGACAUCACGAGGAUGAUAGAUAUAAAUAUAUAUAUUGUUUUCAACAAGCACUGUAAAUAAAAGCGUUUAAAAAUGUUUCAAACA